CUAAUGAAUGCUUUGGUGUUCAUUGAAUUGACUGCUUUGUGAACAACUCAAGCAAACUACGUUGACGUCGUUGCUUGACUUGAACACUACUUUAAAUGACUAAAUAGCACCAUCAUCGAGAGUCAAACAACACCAAGAGCAGCACUUUGCUGCUACGAAAGAGACCGAGAGAAUUUUAUCCUUUUCGUUUCUCUCUCCCAAAUGGAUGGUUUAUAUUGUUUUUUUUUUCUCUUCACUUCACUUCGUUCGAUUGUGGUUGUGAUUUGUGUUUAAGGAUACACAACGAAUUUAUUGCCGAGCGCAUGACACACAACGGCAUUUAAUACUGCCAACUGAAAAUGCUACAUCGAACAAGCAACAACUAAAAUUCACUCUCCUUCUCACUCACUCUUUUUGCAACACACAAAACUGCAUUCGAAAAUGAUCAUAUAUUAUAUAUAUGUAUGUAUAUGGGAACGAGAGGAGAAGAAAAACAGCAACAGCACACAGAAUUAAUGUGUAUAUACGAGAGCGCGCGCGUGCGUUUGCGCUGUCAAAAUCGACCGAUUUGUGUAUUCUUCAGUAUUCAUCAGCCAGAGCGAACAAUAUAAAUACACACACGUACUCAUAUAUUGUGUACGUGAGAAUGCGUUUUUUCCGUACGAAUGCAAGAGCUCUCAGCAAUUAUCGAGAAAAUGCAUUGACAUACAUGCAUAUAAAUAUCUCUACGCAGAUAUAGUAAAUAACGAAAUAUAGAUUGCAUGCUUAAGACAUUCAGCUUGUUAUGCUGUUUAUUUUAUUCUCUCUAGUCAUUUUCUCCGUAAAUGAGACGCAUCAUGUAGCAUAUUUUGUGUAUAUAUAAACUACGUUUGAAAGGAAAAACAAAUAAUCCAAACAUCAAACUGGGAAUGAGAUAUGACAGCACCAAUACAUAUUGAGUGGUUAUGCAUUGACAUGCAACACUAUUCCACAUCAUGAAAAGAGAUGGAUGUUAUGCUGCUGUCCGUACAAGACGCCGCAUAGAACAUACGAUGCAUAAUACACCGAAUUUUGUGUGGUACGGUGAAGCAACAGAAACACACACACGCUCACACAUACGCAUAUCGUGAAGGGUCGGCCAAUUUACUAGAUCUGUCGUUGGCUUGGUGUUCCAUUUGAAAUGAAUUGGUUUCAUUCUCAAUUGGUUCAAAUCGAAAAAAAUCUAACUUUUGUUUCGGUUAAAAUGAAUGCGUUUAAAAAUAACCGACUCAUAUACAAAAUGUAAAUAAUAACGUUUAAAUUUGUUUCCCUUGAUUCAAUGAUUUUUUGUUCUAAUGUACCUUAAAAACGCUAAAAAGUAAAAUAAUACGUACUUAUUUUGGAAAUUCCACAAUAACAAACAAAACGAUAAUCUUAGGUUUACACAAAAUCACAACAUUUGACUGUGGUUUUCUUCGUUCAUUGCUUUCGAUUGAUUGUGAGCCCACCGUAUUUGCCCACAAACAAAAAACUGACUUUUUUUCGCUUUUGAACUUUCCUUUUUCGAAUUGAUUUAUCAAUUUCCGAAGAAAAUUCAAAUACGUUUGCUUUUAUACGUCGACUUGUGGGCGGCAACAGCAGUAUUGGUGCUGCAAUGCAAAACAGCGAACGAUUUAUUUAAAAUGAUCAUCGGUUGCGGCGUGUGCUUUUUUUUUUGUUUGUUGUUGUCGUCUGCGUUCUGUGCGCUUUGCAAUGCAAUUUUUCAUUGAAUGAGUCUCGACGACGAUUUAUUUUGCUGUUAUCACUGUGCCCGUGACAUGACCAUGAUAAUAUUGCGUGUACGUUGUUCGUUUUGUUGAUGUUUAUUCUCGCUGCUCCUGGACUAUGCUACGAAGAAAAAUCACAUACGCGAAGACAAAAAAGAGAACCGAUUAUGACGAUCGAACCGAAAUGUGUGUGAUAUGGCAACGGUAUUGCGAAAUCAAUUCCUGCAAAAACUUUGGAACACUCGAAUACAUUCAAGUGAAAAUGAGGAAACUAUUGCAAGCAAAAAUAUUGAACCGUUGUAAAGUAUUGAACUUUCUGCAUGUAAAAGUGAUGAAAUAUUUGAAAUAUGUUUAAGAAAAAGGCAAAUCGAAAGGGAGACAUACAGACACACACACACCGAGCUAAUUAGAUAGAGUGAGAGAGUGAGGAUGCGAUUCACCAUGUGUAUGAUGAUUAUUAUUAUAAACAUCGUGUCCAGCUGGUUAUCAAAUUGUAACCUAAUAAAAUUGAAUGGUGCAAUCGUUGUUUUGUGGAGUAAAAGAUUGUUGCUGUUGUUUUGGUGGCCCCUUCUCAUCACAAUGUCGACUUUUUUUCCCCGUUCUUUCGUUAGUUUAAAUCAAUCUGUGUAUCAAUCAGCAUCGAGUUGAUUCAUUGUUUUGCUACUCAGCUUGUCAGUUUUGGUUCGAGUGUGUAAUGCAAACACGCAUGUGAUUAAUUCCGAAAUUUUUGCGGCCCUACAUUCGACGAAGGGGGCAUAUUGUGUGUGAAGUGAAUGGGAUUUGUGUAUUCUGUUCAUUUAUUUACUUUUUAUUUCAUGUGUCCAACCGAUUGCAAUAGUUUGACCAGCACAUUAAUUAACAUCAAUCAAGCGGAGUUAUUAUUUGAAAAUUGAGAAAAACAAUACAAAAAAUAUUCGUUUGGAGUCUUUCUUUUAUUGUGUUGGUGCAUAUAUAUAACGGGUGUGUUUCGGUCGAAAAUUCGCUUGCUCGCUCGCCGACUGAAACUCUCUUGCAGUGCUUGUGCUAAUACGACAUUCAAACGUUCAAUGAAAAUCGGAUGCGUAAACCAUUUCCUCUCUAACACAAUCAUAAAAUUCGUGCAGCGUUCAACUUGUUGUGUGACACCUAUUUUGCUAUCCGAUGCGAGAUGUUUGCACGCAAAUUUGUUACAGUUAAUUUAAUCGUACAUGUGAUCAUUGCGUUUAGCUAUGUUGAUGUUGCGCAUGCAGGUCAUUGCAGUCGUAUUCCAGAAGGAUCCGGCGCAAAGCGAUCACCAUCAACAGGCAACUUUCGUAUUCGAUUCUCUGACGAUUCUGGCGUUUAUAAACCAGGCAGACAAUACACGAUUUUCCUUGAACGAACCAAUAAUGCAGUUCGCAUCCGUGAUCGACCUCGACCAUCGUUCACCGGAUUCUUUUUAGCCGUUGAACAGAAAACAAACAUGACAUCGGUUUUCUCAGAAGAUUUUUCACCAAUCAAACACGGUACAUUCAAAGUGAGCGAAGACAAUACGUUGAUCAAGCUUAUUUGUGGUAAUGUUAUGACACACACGAGUGAAACGGCAAAAAAUGAAAUUGCCGUCAAUUGGACUGCACCCGAACCGGGCAGCGGAUGUGUUACGUUUCGAGCAACAGUAAUUGAACAUCGCGAUGUUUGGUAUAUGGACGAUGGACCAUUGAGCAAAGAUUUCUGUGAAGAUGAAGAUACUCAAGAGGAUUAUAUAACAAAUAUAGUUGAAGAGUGUUGUGCUUGCUAUGAGGCUAAAUAUGAGUUAACAUUCGAAGGUUUAUGGUCACGGAAUACGCAUCCAAAGGACUUCCCUCGCAAUGUUUACACCACGAAGUUUGGCGAUAUUAUUGGAGCAACGCACACGGUUGGCAAUGGAUUUUGGGCCAAUGGAGAUUUUGCCAGUGAGGGCUUGAAGGAAGUUGCUGAAAUGGGAUCCACCCGAACACUUGAAGCUGAACUGAAAAAUAAGAGUGACAGCAUCCGUACGAUAAUUAAAGCACGUGGUUUAUCGUAUCCAAAUAUAACGGGAAAAACAUUUGCUGUAUUUCGUGUUGAUCCUGAGCAUCAUUUGGUGUCAUUCGUAUCGAUGAUCUCUCCAUCGCCUGAUUGGUUUGUUGGCGUGACUUCGUUGGAAUUGUGCCAAUCGGAUUGCACUUGGCUCGAGAGCAAAAUCGUCGAUUUAUAUCCUUGGGAUGCUGGUACCGACAAAGGUGCCACUUAUGAUGCGCCCGAUCAACCGUCACGACCGCCGGAGUAUAUUCGUCGUAUCUCAUCCGAAUCGCCAAACAAUGUAGACUCACCAUUUUACAGUCAAAGCGGUUCAAAAAUGAAGCCACUCGCCCGAUUGACAUUGUUGCGGCAACGAUUAUACGAGAAAAACUGUACGGCUGAGCAAUCAGAGAAUGAAGAGAACGUUCCAUACGAUCCACAGUGUGAAUCCAAAUCAUAUUACAGCGACUGGACGCCGUGCUCUCCAAAAUGUAAAAACUCGGAAUACGAAAAGGGAAAACGUACGAAAACGUUGAAAUUUAGAAAGGGAUCGUUCAAAGAAUGCGCCGGUCGAGAUCGGCGGCCGCCAGUGAUUGAGGAAACGUGUGAGAUUGAGGAAAUGUGCGUUCGUCGGAAUCAGGACGAUAAUAAUCCAACCGAAUCGAUUGAUACGGAGACUCAGACUGAUGCGCCUGCGGAAGAGGAUCAAUCAAAAGCAACAGUUGAUUGUAGCAAUACACCGCACAAAAAUAAAUGGGAAUACGAUACUUGUGAUGUAACUUGUGGCACUGGCAAAAUGAAUCGUACACGAGAGUCGUACAAUCCCGAAUGCCCGCCAAUGUUCGAAACGGUUGACUGUAGUUUGCCACCAUGCAAAAAUAAAGAUUUUUGUAUGACUUUACCCGAUCCGGACAAAUGCGAACGAUCUGACGUCACAACAAAUUACUUAUUCUAUAAUGCGACCGAAUGUACGUGUACGGUGUUCAACACCGAUUGUAUAAAGGAAGAGCGACGGAAUAUUUUUACGUCGUUUGAGGAAUGCACGACAGCGUGUCCAGAAGAUCCCGAAAAUUGUAGCGGUGGCAUUGGUGCCACGGAACGAACAAUGGACACCAAUACCUAUCGUCGAAAUAGAUAUCGAAACUCAAAUCGAAACGACUAGUUAAUUAUUACUUAAUGAAACCAACACACAGCUGAGUACUUCGAAAAAUGUGCUUAAUUUAAUUUUUUCCAUCAACUUGAAACAAUAUAAACGAAGUUUUCAUAUGAA